GGGAGUCAGCAUGCCACGUGGCUCGGCCGUCGCCUUGCUCCUGCUGCUGCUCCAGGGAGGCUGGGGCUGCCCCGCCCUCGUCUGCUACACAGAUUAUCUCCAGACGGUCAUCUGCAUCCUGGAGAUGUGGAGCCUCCACCCCAGCACGCUGACCCUCACCUGGCAAGACCAGUAUGAAGAGCUGAAGGACGAGGUCACCUCCUGCAGCCUCCACAGGUCGGCCCACAACGCCACGCAUGCCACGUAUACCUGCCACAUGGAUGUGUUCCACUUCAUGGCCGAUGACAUUUUCAGUGUCAACAUCACAGAUCAGUCUGGCAACUACUCCCAGGAGUGUGGCAGCUUUGUCCUGGCUGACAGCAUCAAGCCGGCUCCCCCUUUCAACGUCACCGUGACCUUCUCAGGACAGUAUAAUAUCUCCUGGCGCUCGGAUUACGAAGACCCUGACUUCUUCAUGCUGAAGGGCAAGCUUCAGUAUGAGCUACAGUACAGGAACCGGGGAGACCCCUGGGCUGUGAGUCCAAGGAGAAAGCUGAUCUCAGUGGACUCAAGAAGUGUCUCCCUCCUCCCCUUGGAGUUCUGCAAAGACUCGAGCUAUGAGCUGCAGGUGCGAGCAGGGCCCAUGCCUGGCUCCUCCUACCAGGGGACCUGGAGCGAGUGGAGUGACCCGGUCAUCUUUCAGACCCAGUCAGAGGAGUUAAAGGAAGGCUGGAACCCUCACCUGCUGCUUCUCCUCCUGCUUGUCAUAGUCUUCAUUCCUGCCUUCUGGGGCCUGAAGACCCACCCAGCCUGGAGGCUGUGGAAGAAGACAUGGGUCGUCCCCAGUCCCGAGAAUUUCUUCCUGCCUCUGUACAAGUGCUACGGAGGAGACUUCAAGAAAUGGGUGGGUGCACCCCUCACCGCCUCCAUCCUGGAGCUGGGACCCUGGAGCCCAGAGGUGCCCUCAGCCCUGGAGGUGUACAGUUACCACUUGCCACGGAGUCCGGCCAAGAGGCUGCAGCUCACGGAGCUGCGAGAACCGGCAGAGCUGGUGGAGUCUGACAGUGUGCCCAAGCCCAGCUCCUGGGCCACGGCCCAGAACUCCGGGGGCUCAGCUUACAGCGAGGAGAGGGACCGGCCGUACGGCCUGCUGUCCAUCGACACAGUGACUGUGCUAGAUGCAGAGGGGCUGUGCACCGGGCCUUGCAGCUGUGAGGAUGACGGCUACCCAGCCCUGGAUCUGGACGCCGGCCUUGAGCCCAGCCCAGGCCUAGAGGACCCACUCUUGGACGCGGACACCACAGUCCUCUCCUGUGGCUGUGUCUCGGCUGGCAGUCCUGGGCUAGGAGGGCCCCUGGGAAGCCUCCUGGACAGACUAAGGCCACCCCUUGCAGAUGGGGAGGACUGGGCUGGGGGACUGCCCUGGGGUGGCCGGUCACCUGGAGGGGCCUUAGAGAGUGAGGCGGGCUCGCCCCCGGCCGGCCUGGAUAUGGACACGUUUGACAGUGGCUUCGCGGGCUCUGACUGCAGCAGCCCUGUGGAGUGUGACUUCACCAGUCCUGGGGACGAAGGCCCGCCCCGGAGCUACCUCCGCCAGUGGGUGGUCAUCCCAACACUCUCGAGCCCUGGACCCCAGGCCAGCUAGUGAGGCUGACUAGCUGUCCAGAGCUGGCCACUGGAUACCGGGCCCUGAGCCAGAGACAAGGUCACCUGGGCUGUGAUUGAAGACACCUGCAGCCUUCGAGCCUGAUGUUUACAGUGUCUGCGUGUGUGCAUGUGUGCGUGCAUGUGUGCAUGCGUGUGUAGGUG